GCUGGUUACAGUACAUGCAACGUGUGCAUAAUAACUGUAACGUUUGAAGCUAAGGUAGAUUUUACGUGUUUACAAAAGCGUCGAAAGUAAUGGGGCGAACUAUAUACGCAGAGGAACGUCUUCACAAUUAUUUAACAUCAUUAGCAAAGCCAGAUGAAUAUACGAUAGGACUAAUUGUGGGACAGAGCGCUGGUCAAACAGAUUAUAUCGUACAUUUAGCAAAAACACCACCACCACUUGGUAAGAAUGUGGUGGAAGAAACAUUACUUAGUUCUACAACAAAAUCUGAACAAAAUACUACUGAAAAUCACAUUAAAUCAGUAAAAGAUAUUCCUGUGAGUUGGGUUGCGGAUCAUGCUAAACAUGUUACCAGAAUGUUGCCUGGUGGAAUGCGUGUUCUUGGAACAUUUAUUGUUGGUCCAGAAGAUAUUAUAAAUGACAACAGUAGUGUACAAAAACUCAAAUCUGUUCUUACAACAAUGCAUAAAUAUUUGUCACAUAAUAAGUAUCUAUAUGGCAAUAAUAAUGAGGAACAUCUUAUCCUAAGUUUAAACAGCAUCACACAAAAGUACACUUGUAAAUCUAUAGAAACCAAUAAAAAUGGAAUUUUGAAGCCAGCAAAUUGGAAAUUUCAAACUAAAGGAACCAAAUGGCACCAACUUGAAGCAGUUAUAGAUUUUGAUCAUCUAUUUCUCAUUGCUGCUAAUAAAGACCCAGAAACCCUUAAGAAACAGUUAGAAGAUAUUAUAAAGACAAUAUCAGAUAUCAUUGAAUCUUCUCUUACUGUUAUUGAAGGGGAAGUUUGGUCUUCAGAUGAUAUAUUGGAAGUAAUUAGCAAAAGCAAAAAGGAUGAAAAAUGUAAAAGUAAUGAGAAAAAUAAUAAUGACAAAUCUAUUCAAAUUAUGUUAUACAUUCCAUGUCAAGAAAAAAGUAUUAGCUCAGAUGUGAGAAUAACACCAUGUAGUGCAUCCAUACGUUUGAUUGGUCAAUUAGUAAGUAGAACUUUUGUUCAUCAAAAAGCAAAUGUGGGAGAAGCUAAUACUGCAGUAAAGCAAGACAUAAUAAGAUCAUUAGCAAGUAGAUUAGAAAUGCAUUGGGCUAGUUUAAUUGAAGAAGAAAGUGGAUUACCAGAAGAAAAUAUAACGUUACAUGAACCCCCAAGAAGAGUAUUAAUAGCAUUACCAGAAAGCAAAGUAACAUUAUCAGACUACUUGUUUCCAGGUGAAGGACCUCAAGAAGCUCUUUUGUCAUUGCAAGAACUUCUAGACUUACAAGUUCAGGAAAGUAAUGUUCAGAAAGACAUUGAACUUGAAGCUGAUCCUACAGAAUUUUAUUCUCAAAAUGACAUGGACGUAAAAACCGUCGAUAUUGGUAUAGAUUCACCUGGGAAUCAUCAAAUAAAACUAUACAUUACAGGUUUUACUAUUUCAGUUUUAAUUGUAAUUCUUGCUAUUAUAAUACACAAACUUUAUUAAUAUGGAAAAUUAUUAUAAUAUUGGAUGCACAAAAGAAUACUUUACCAAGUGAAA